CGUACGCAUAGCCUGCGUUAGUUCAGUGUUAUGAAGUAUCAUUAAACAAGUAUUUUUUUUCUCGUUUCCGAGGUGUAGAUAGUGAUUUUAAAAAAAAAUCCCCAAAUCAUAUUGUAUUUAUAAAACUAGAUGGUUAUCUCUGGGAAUUGAGUUAAGUAGCAAGUAGCCUUAAACCGCGAGCAUCUGUAUGAUAGAUGUUGACAUAAUUUACUUAGGAAGUACUGGCACCAGUUAUCACCAGUUAGAAGGGAUCUCGUAAAGAUGAUGCGCUACUGGGGUGAGCUCCCGGUGGCCUCUGUCCCACCAGGCCGUAGCUCCUUUGAUCUCUUGCAGCGUGAAUUUCGUCAGGUCGAGAUGCAAGACCCUCCUCUGCACCAGCCGUCAGCACGGCGUCCUAGGCCCACCACCAUGCUGGACGUUCCUUCUGAGCCCUGCAGCCUCACAAUCCACACGGUGCAGCUGUGCCAGCAUACCCGACGACUCCGCAGCCUAAUCACGGCAGCACAGCUGGGCCAGCAACCACCAGGCACAGGGUCUGAGACUCAGGGAAUUCUCAAAUCAGAAGAUGUGGAUUCAUUACCACCACGUCCGGUCACACCGGCAGCACCGGAUGAUCUUCUGCCUUUGGACAGCAAAGCUCCUCGUGAACUGUUCCAGCUACGGCACAGUGACCCAGAGAGUGACUUCUACAAGGGUGAAGGAGAGCCCGUGACUGAGUUGAGCUGGCUGUCAUGCCGCCAGCUCCUAUACCAGUCGGUUGCCACAGUUUUGGCGCAUGCAGGUUUCGAGUCGGCGAUGGAGAGCGUGUUGGAGACCCUGACUGACCUGGUGCAUGAGCAUUACCUGCGUCUGACACGGCUGCUGCGCGUGGCUGUUGACCGCGAGGCCCACCUCGGCUCCACUCCUUUUCCGGACGUGGUGGAGCAGGUCUUCCAUGAGGUGGGCAUCGGCAGUGUGCUGGCUCUUCAGCACUUCUGGCAGGUCCGCAUUAAAGACUACCACAGCUACAUGCUUCAGGUCAGCAAAGAGCUCUCAGACGAGUACGAGAGAUUGGUCAACCCAGAGAAGGCCCUGGAGGAUUCCAAUCCCCUUAAAGUAAAGGAGGAACCUAUUAGUGAUCUUGCCUUCACUCUGAAUGAGGAAGCCGAAGGGGAGUUGACUUCAGCAGAGCAGCAGAACAGCAUGCCCACUGGAGUACUGGGAAUCAGUGAUAGACUGGCUGGAGGACUGGAGGAUGGACACUCGCCUCACACCUCAGGUGCAGCAGGAAAUGGCUCCCCCUUGUGGCAGCUGCAGCAGGUAAAGAUGGAGCCGCAGGACAGUGAGGAGGGCCAGGUUUCAGGCCACGGCGUUCUCACAAGCGACGUCUUUGAGGAGGGUCCUAUGUCCACCAUGAGUGACGCUGGAACAGCUCCAUCUCCCGGCGGCUCUGAUGCCAGCUGUGGCUCUCACUCUCCGGACUCACUGAUAGGCACCUCCCCUUUCAACCAGCGGCCAAAGAAACGAAUGCGCAAAGUAUAACUGUGUAUUUAAAGACUUGUUGGGAUAUAGGGUUUGCUUUUGUGUUUUUUUUUUUUUUUUGUAUUAGGCCCAGUGAAAAUAAAUCAAGAUUAUGUCAAGAAGAUUGUGUUGAUGUGACUGAAAGAGAGUAGUCUCUAACAAA